AAAAAACCCCGGAUACUCAGUUUCCGGUUUCACUGGUCCGUCACACAAAUUGUUCCGUCAGCAAAUGUAGGAGAAGAAGAAGAAGGAGGAGGAGGAGGGUUAUGGCAACAAUGAUUGAGGAAAAUGGUCCUUCGACUCAUGAGCAGUCUGAGGUGUCCUCGUCGUCUCAGGCCCGGCAGAAACUGGAGGGGCUCCUGAACAAGAACAUGAGGAUCCGCAUGACAGACGGACGGACUCUGGUGGGGCUGUUCCUCUGCACGGACCGAGACUGCAACGUCAUCCUCGGGUCAGCUCAGGAGUUCCUCAAAUCCACAGACACUUUCUCCCAGGGUGAGCCCAGAGUCCUGGGCUUGGCCAUGAUCCCCGGUCACCACGUGGUGUCCAUCGAGGUGGAGGCAGACAGUCUGGAGGACGCACAAGGCUUCGGAGCGAACCACUGAUGGAGACCCUUCCUGUCUGGACGACACUCAGCGCUCAGACUGACUGUCUCUCAGUGAGCUCAGGUUGUACGGCCGAGCUCAGAGGAGAGUGGACAUCUUCACUGGAGGUGACUUCACCUCAGAUACAGAACUCCUGUGUCAGUAUUCUGGAUUCAGCCAUUCCCUCGAAGCUUGAAGAUGAGGCCGCUGUAUGAUGCAGCGUGUGUGUAUGAGAGGGUGUGGGCAAACAAGAUGUGCGGAAAUGGUGAUUCAGUGUUGUGUACAGUCAACGUCUUUGUUUCAUGAUGUUUUAAAUACAUUUGUGUAUUUGA